CAUGUUUUCCACAAUCCUCAUUGCUGUGGCUACCAUGGUCACGAUGACAGAGGCCCACGGCAAGUACAAAGCCUGUGAAUACAGUGAGCUCACCAAAUGUAACAAAGUGUUUAUGUCAGGAUUUACCAACUCUCCACAGAGCACUGACAUGAGCGACUACUGCACAGCAUUCCAGAAAUAUGGUGACUGCCUUACUCAGACUAAAGACUGCAAAGGAAAGUUCAUUGAUCUGGACAGAUUCAUGAUUCUACAACACAUGUGGGUGGACAAAGAGCUGUUGGUUUGCAAGAACCAUAAUAUUGAUGGCCUCACGAGCGUUGUCAAUGCACACAAGAAGUACAGGAAAGAGUUUGAAAAAGUACUCAAACUUAGUGCUGAUAAAGGUGAUAUCUUUGAAGGCUGUGCUGAAACCAUUCACAAAGAUUGCAGCCGAAAAAUGGCCACGGAUUUGAGAUCAGAUCCCAGGAUGUGCAUUGGUGUGUCGAACUUUCUCGACUGUUACGAGAAACCUGGGAAAAAAUGYAAGGCUAAAAUAUAUAAAGAUUUUGCCGAUAUCACUAAGAARGUGGCAAAGGAGCUUGUAAAGAUGUUUAAAUCCAAGAAAGGCGUUAUGCCAAAUUGUUGAUAUSUAAUGRCAUGAAAUUCUGCAUAUGAAAUAAAAAAUCCUUGUGAA